AUGCAGCCUGUCGUAAGAAGGAGGAUAGCAAUCGCUGCCGGUAGCCUGCCGAGCACCACCACCACUGCAAGGGUUUUUUCAUCAUCAUCCCGGCCAAGUUACUCACCACCACCACUAUCACGACCAAAACAAACACCCCUUUCUCUACCCCGGCAACACCGCCCCUUUUCCACCUCUCCCCUCCUCCGUCAAGAAGCCACCUCCGAAACAACACCGGUAGACAAUGGCCUCCCCCACUCAGGCAUCUCCCCCCUCCCCUCCAGAUCAUUAAUCUCCCUCUCCGGCCCAGACGCCGCCAAGUUCUUAAGAGGAAUCAUCACCAACGAGCUCCCCACCACCCCCUCAACCCUAACCUACGCCGCGUUUUUGUCUGCUCAAGGCAGGAUCCUAAACGACGUCUUCAUCUACCUCGACCCGAGGUCAACCUCCUCACCACCAGAUAGCUUCCUCAUCGAGGUCUCCACCCUCGAAGCAGCAACGCUAGUCAAGCAUCUGAAGCGGUAUAAACUCCGCUCUAAAUGCGCCAUCGCCCUUCUCCCGCAGGAAGAGGCGAGCGUGAUUGCUGUUUGGGGGAGUCCGGAUUCUAUCCCGGCUCAAGGUGAGAGUUUACGCUACUGCCCCGACCCGAGGGUUCCAUCCUGGCAAAGGGGUUUAGUUUUGGGGGGUGGGAGUGGAUUGGAAGGGGUUGAGAUGCAAUCGGAGGAGGUCUACACUCUGUUGCGGUACGCGAAUGGUGUGGCGGAGGGGCAGGAGGAGAUUGUGAGGGAUGGGGGUUUGCCUCACGAGUCGAAUCUGGAUUUGUUGGGGGGGGUUGAUUUUAGGAAGGGGUGCUAUGUUGGGCAGGAGUUGACUAUUAGGACGGAGCAUAGGGGGGUGGUGAGGAAGAGGAUUUUGCCUGCCAUGCUCUACCCUUCCUCUGCGUCCUCCCCACCGACAUCACUGCGGUAUGAAGAGGGGGAUCUUGCGGGGAGGAUUCAGGCGGGGAGUAAUGUUACGAGAGUGGGCGCGAGGGGGAGACCAGCGGGGAAGUGGCUUGGGGGGAGGGGGAAUUUGGGGUUGGUGUUGGGGAGGUUGGAGAUGAUGACUGAUUUGAAGCUGCCGGGCGAGGCGGCGGUGGGGACGGGGAUGGGGUUUAAGGAGGGGGAUGAGUUUGAGGUUGAGGUUAAGGGGGAGGAAGGGGAGAAGGUGAGGGUUAAGGCUUUUGUGCCGGGGUGGUUGAGGGAGAAGUUGGAGGAGAAGAUGGAGAAGAAGGGGAAGAGACAUUGA